AUGGGUACACAGUCUGACCCUAGGAAGUGGUCGCGAUCAGUUUCAGAUUUUUGUAAUCAAAAUCUUGAUGAUGGAGACUCAGAUGGUAUAUAUUUUGAGGAGGAGUUACACGAAUUGAAGUCAGAUGAUGAGUUUGAUGCUGGUAAAAAUUCCCAAGAAUUCAACCCGAAAACCAAAAUGCAAAACUUCCAAUUUGUUCUUGGCAUGGAAUUUGCCACUGUUACAAUUUUAAGGAAUGCAAUAAGGGAGUAUUUUAUUGAAGGUGAUCGAGAAUAUGUAUUUAUUGCCAAUGAUUCAAAUAGAGUUAGAGUUAAGUCCAAGGGUGCAAACUGUGAGUGGAUGUUGUUUGCUUCAAUAGUUAACAAGAUAGAUGGCAAAACAAUGAGGGUCAAAACACUUGUUGACAAGCAUAGUUGUGGCAUUGUUUUGGACAAUAAAAAGCUGACCUCAACUUGGCUUGCAAAAUACUUUUUGGAGCAAUUUAGGCUAAAUCCGAGGCCAAGACAAGCAAGGAAGAUGUUGGAUGGGUCUGUCAAGGAACAAUACGCCAUUCUUGAUGACUACUGUAAAAGGUUGUUGGCUACCAAUCCUGGCUCUACUGUGAAGUUGAAAACUGAUUUGGUUAAUGGGAGAAGGCAAUUUCAGCGUAUUUAUAUUUGUCUUAAGGCAUGUAGAGAUGGCUGGUUGGGGGGUUGUAGACCUCUAAUUGGUCUUGAUGGCUACUUUUUAAAAGGAUAUUGUAGGGGCAUUUUAUUGGCUGCAGUAGGCAUUGACGGUAAUAACUCCAUGUUUCCCAUUGCCUACUGUGUUGCUGAAAAGGAAAACACUGAGGUUUGGACUUGGUUCUUGGAGCUAUUGAAGGCUGAUAUUGGGAGUUUGAGUCCCACCAAGGUGACAAUGAUGAGUGAUCGUCAAAAAGGAUUAGAAAAUGCAGUGGGAGCCAUCUUUAGUGGGUGUGAGGUGAGGUAUUGUGUUAGACAUCUUCAACACAAGCUGAGUUUGCUCGAGCUUUUACUUAAGCAACUUUUGUGGGCAGCAGCGAAUACUACAACACAAGCUGAGUUUGCUCGAGCAAUGCAAGAAGUCAAGGAUGUCUCGGAUGGUGCUUACAAUUGGCUGGCAGGGAAGAACCCCACAGAAUGGACUAAGUCACAUAUUUCAGAGUACCCAAAAUGUGACAUUUUGGUGAAUAAUUUGUGUGAGAGUUUCAAUGCAGCCAUACUUGAUGCUCGCGACAAGCCAAUUAUAACUUUACUAGAGAAAAUUAGAUUUUGGUUGAUGUCUCAGUUUUAUAACAAAAAAGCUGAGUUGGAGAAGAUGACUCAACCUGUGGGGAAGAGAAUUUUGAAGAUAAUUGAGAAGCAAAAAGAGGUUGCAAAGCAUUGUCUGGUUACUAGGUCUGACAAGUUUCAGUUUCAGGUUCAAUGCAGUAAUGGUAGUGCCUUGGUUGUCGAUUUGGAAUUCAGAACUUGUACAUGUAGGAGGUUUCAACUAUCUGGGCUUCCUUGUGGCCAUGCACUAGCUACUAUCUGGUUCAUGGGAGGUAAUGUCUUUGAUUAUGUCCACGGAUUCUAUAAAAAAGAAUCAUUGCAAAAAUCAUAUGAACAGAGUGUGCAUCCUAUGCCUAGUCCAGAUAUGUGGCAUCAGACAGGACUCAACCCAAUUGAUCCAUCACCUGAGACGAAGCUGCCUGGAAGACCUGAGAAAGCUAGGAGAAGGGACAGAUGA